AUGCAGCAAAUCCUCCACGAGCUAUAUGAGCGUCACCAGAUCAAUACCUUUCGCAAUCCGAUCCAUCUAUUAUCCACCAUACUGCGAUCGCUUGAUGAUUUGCGAAUGAAAAAAAUCGACGUUGACGAAGUAACGGGUCGACUUUUUCUCUCAAAAAAUGAAUUGUCUCCCACAGAAUUCUGCAUCGCUAAAUCAGUUGCAUUGCUGAUCCAAAAGCUGCUGGAUCGUCCUGAUGCCUGCAUCACUUCUUUGAAUGGUGGUGCUGUUUGGGGUACUAGCCGUGGUUUUGGUGAAGUCAAGUGCUUCAGUCAAGCUGAAAACAAAUUUGCCGUAGCAAAAGACCUUAUCCGUCUCGGUCAUUUCUCCAUGAAUGCAAUCGAUAUCCAUAAUAUGAAUGGUGUUGUGGGCCGUCAUGUGUUUUUUUACUUGACGAAAUUAGUGCAUGACGGGUUGUACAUUAUGCUGGAAAUCGAUAAGAUCGAAGUGCCUGCAUCAGUAUACGCUUUACCCACCUAUACCACCCAGGCACAUCGACUGUUGAAUGUGAUCAGCAUAUAUCAGCAGUGCACUCCUUGCAGUGACGUUACAAAGGACAUGUUUGUUGUUACGAAAACCCGGGAUCGCAAGCGUGCUACCGAUACGACAUACCAUCACCAAUAA